CGGAAGAAGAGGUAGAGGAGUGAUACUUGCUUUGUUCUUUGCUCAAGGCGUUACGAACUAUUCCUGACCGUACUCAAACAGGGUAGGUGUGAGAGGAAUGUCAUCCGGAUCCCCCAGGCCCAGUAAGGAGAAGAAGGCUUCUGAAUCUCAGGAGAAAGUGAGACAGGUGUCUGUGACUACGAGUCAGAAUGUGAACAAGCUUGGUUUUCAUCUGCUGGGCGGCUUAUUCACCGGGAGAGACCGAUGCAACCUCAUCUUCUCACCCAUAUGCCUGGCAACACAGCUGGCUUGUCUGGUAGCCGGCUCAGAGGGCGACACGAAGAAACAGCUGGAGGACGCUUUGCACAUUGACUUGGAUGGUUUGCAGAACAUUAUCCUUAAAUUUAAGGGGGAAAUGGUGGAACACAACUUCUGUGCGGCGCAAAAAGUGUUCCUAGACUCAAGCAUACCCAUGCUGGACACUUUCCGUCACGUAAUUGAGACAAAGUAUAUGACAUCCGCUCAGGACGUGGACUUCAAGGACCCCGCGCACGCUUACGUGGCCGAGAUCAACGAAUGGUCCAAAAGGAGAACGAGCGGAAAGAUCACUUCUGUUGUGUCUAAGCGGACGGUGCCGUCAGCUACGGGAUCUAUGGUCCUCGUAAGCAACGUGUUCUUCAAGGGCCUGUGGAACUACCGAUUUUCCUUGAACAGCACGCAGCAAAUGAAUUUUUAUUUGAAUAGUGACGAUGUGAUGCCAGUGCGCAUGAUGGUGAGAACUGGACGCUACGCAUAUGCCGAAUUUCCCAAGAAGAGCUUACGGGUACUCGAAUUGCCAUACCGCACCUCAAACGUUGCCAUGGUAAUCUUAUUGCCAUGUGAGCACGACGGCCUACCAGCCCUAGAGCAGCUGCUCAUGAAGGAGCCAGAACUUGUUCAGGAAAUCAGCCGACAGCUUCGUCCGCGGGGAAAUGUGCGUCUGGCUCUGCCCAAGUUCGUAUCCUCAGUUCGCUCCAAGCUUCGUAGCGUUCUUGAAGGCUUGGGGGUAAAAGCGGCUUUCUCAGACACGGAAGCCCUCUUCACUGGCAUCUCGGGCUACAAGGGUCUCUGUGUGACUAACCUCAUACACACAGCCAUGAUAGAGAUUACAGAAGAUGGCAAUGAGCCUCCCCUUUCCACUACCCUGAUGACGGAGGUGGUCUCAAAGAUGACGCCUUCGACUCACUUCAUCGUCGACCGGCCCUUCAUGUUUUACAUCCGCAGCGUGGCUACAGAUGCCAUACUUUUUCUGGGCUGCAUCUGGAAGCCCGACGAGUGGCUGCUGCAAAGCCCAGAUAUAUCCGUCGUCAGCCACUGAAGGCCGCAUUUGACCCGUUAAUGUUCGCACGUGUCUGCUCUUAGUUGUGAAAUUUGGUUCAGGUUCAUAUCGAGAAAAUCCAUCCCACACUAUUCAAAUCCAAGCAUUCUCAGUUUUAUUCAGUUAUAGGCUCAUAUACCGUCCUUCCAGCCAUGUGAAAGAAAGAAGUCUUCAAAUUUUCUGCUGUACGGCCAGGAAUGUUGAAAAAAUUCGCCAUCCAAUACAAUUAAUUCUGUAUGG